UUUCAAUAUGGCUGCAUUUCACGUGCUUUUCUGUGCUUUCAUAGCAAUUUACACUUCUCAAGUACAGGCAGCAAAGAUUUUGCUUUACCCAGGGUUAGGAAAAAGUCACAUCAGGGGAAUGACUCGAAUUGGACAAGAACUCGCAAAGAGAAAUCACGAGGUGACCAUCCUCUUGGGCUCUGCUGAUAAAGUUAAGAAAACCAACGACCUAACGUACGCUAUAUACAAAGUUCCAUAUGAGGAGGAUUUCCUGGAAAAAGUCUUAGUUGCAACUGCAAUGAAAGGGGGUGUAAUGGAAUCCCUCUUUGGAAAUGCUAGUACAACAGUUGUUUUUGGUGUAUACUGCAAAUCGUUAUUAGAUGACAAAAAGCUAGUGGACUCAUUCAAAGACUACGAUUUGUUAAUCAACGAUGGUUCUUUUUACUGUGGAGCACUAUUUGGGGCGGUUCUUGGAAUCAGGAGGAUCGAAUAUAUCCCAUGUCCUCCUCGUUUACCCCACAUACAUAUGCAAAAUGAMAAUAUUCUCAAGUUGUCUUAUCUGCCACAACUGCUCUCUCAGAAUCCAGGAAAAAUGAACUUUUUGCAACGUUUGAAAAAUGUUAUUGUGUUCUGGAUGCUGAAGGGAUUAAACACGGCUUUAUUUAAACCCUUGCUUGUGCAAAUGAAGGCAGAAUAUGGAAUCAAACCGGAGAAAAGUUUAGUUGAAAUAUUCGAUGAUAAAGAAUUGACUCUGUUCAUGUCGGACUUUGCAUAUGAAUAUCCUCAGCCAAUGAGACCAGAUUACAAGUCAAUUGGCCCUGUGAGCAUCCAGCCCGUACAGCCACUACCCUCUUGUCUAAGACAAGAGAUCAAGAGUUCUGGUGAUGACGGAGCCAUUAUCGUGUCUUUUGGAUCCAACGUAGCUUCAGUGUUGGAUAAAGACAAAGUUGACAUCAUGGCUGAGGCUUUUGGUAGAUUAAAACAGAAAGUGAUUUGGAGACUUCAAGGAUACAAACCAUCGUCUCUUUGUGAUAAUAUAAUCGUUCGUGAUUGGAUACCGCAGAAUGAUCUAUUAGCCAAUGAGAAGCUACGUGCCUUCGUUUCUCACGUUGGUAUGAAUGGCAUGUACGAGACAUUGUAUUACGGGGUGCCUGUGGUUGCUAUACCCUUAUAUGCAGAUCAGUUUGACAACACAGCGCAAAUGGUGGAGAAAGGAGUCGCUUUGACUGUUGAUUACAACAAUCUAACGGUUGACGAUUUGUACAACAAAAUACAACGUGUUAUCCAUGAACCAAGUUUCCGCGAAAACGCCCAGCGCAUUUCACGCCUGAUGCAAGACCGUCCACGUAGCCCGGUCCAGGAGGCUGGUGACUGGAUAGAGUACGCCCUUAGACACGAGAGUCUUGCACAUCUACGUCCGUACUCCACCCAACUUCCCUGGUACCAGUAUUUCCUGGUAGAUGUAGCAGUGUUCCUGGUCUUGGUAGUUUUGGUKGUGRUUAUGGUGRUWAAGUACACAGUUCGAUUAAUGUGCUGGAUGUGCUGUCGACGAGACAAGAAACAGAAAACUCAAUGAUACUUCUACGUCUUUAAUCAAGCUAGUCAAAAAUACAAAAACCUUUUGAACUUGUUUUUGCUUUAUUCGCGGGAGAUUAUCGCGGGAAGUUGAUUUAGGGAGAAAAAUUGAUGUAAGAGAUAGGAAAGAAUAGACCUUCGGGUAGACUUAUCAAAAAGGAUACUAGCUCCUGUGAA